AUGGAGUCCCCCGGAUCCUCCUUCUCCACCCGCACCAACCCGUUCGCCAGCCCAGAACCCGUCCUCAUCCACGAUCUCAACAUCCUCGGUCGGGAUCACAUUGAUGGUUCCAUGGACUACCGGUUCAUGGUGAACGAUGACGAGUGGAUGACCAUCGACGCCACUCUCAUCCGCUGGUUCUACACCACCAUCUCGAAGGACCUCUUCCACAUGGUGGUCUCCGCCGAGGAUGAUGCUCUCGCCGUCUGGACCAAGCUCAACGGCCUCUUCAUCGACAACAAGCAUCAGCGCAAGGUUUUCUUGCAUGGCGAGUUUUUUGGGUGUCAGCAGCAUGACUCGUCCAUUGACGACUAUUGCAUGCGCCUCAAGAAGCAUGUCGACGAGCUCUGUGACCUCGGUGAGAAGGUCUCCGAUGAGCUUCUCCUCAGCACGCUCCACGCUGGCCUGGAUGACGACUUCGGGAACACUGCCUCCAACCUCCCCCUCAUCACCGAUCCGACUUUUCCCAAGGUCAUGGCGUACCUGAAGCUCGAGGAACGCUGGAUGAAGACGGCGCGCACCCGGACCACUCACACGGCCCUCACCGUCGGCACCGGCGGCGGCGCCCCGCCCGCCGCCCCGGCUCCUCAGCCGCGCCCUGGCCCGGGCCUCUACUAG